AUGCCCAAGCCAGCUAGAGAAUCAGGGCUCAAACCAUCAGGACUUCCAGCUGCUAAACAACUCAACAUUGCAGCUGAACAACCUUCCAUUCAAGCCUCUUAUGAGGACAUGUACACAUCUGGCCCCAGCAGGGAGCAAUAUAAUGAUAUGCAGCAUGCCUAUAACUAUACCAGGACUUAUUUCACACAGCCCCAAUUCAUUGGCACUCAAUUCAUACAACCUCAACCCCCCUACAACAAUCAUUUUAUGCAGCCUGAACUCUUCCCUGAUGGCAAUAACAAUGACAAUGACAAUGAUGGUAUAUCCAUCUAUAAGGGCAACACUUAUGGUCAGGGCCAAUUUAGCUCCAUGGGGGAUCAGCUGUACACUUUGAGUUCUACCAGGAAUUAA